AUGAAACCCAAGUUCGAUUCCUGGGACCGGCAGUUUUUUUUUGUAAUUCAAUUGCCUAUCAUUUAG